AUGGUUUGUCAUUGCCCUGUUGCCAAUACCGGCUCGGCAAGUUUUCUAGUUCCCUGCUGUGCAAUCCGGGAGUGGGCUCUUCUCGGUUAUGCUUACUUUGUCGGGGGCGAGCUGAGGGCGGGAAAUGAAUUUGGGGACACUUGUGAAGCCACGUCACGUCGUUCGUAUUUGAGCUCUACGAUAUCAUGGGGGCCGCGGAGCAAAGAAAGGGUAGCCUUCAAGUGGCUAGGAGAGGCUAGCGAGCGCAGCCUCCUUGCACCUCUAUUGGCCGAGUAUCGUACCACUCUGACAUCGGACAAUGGAACCCAUGCACUGGAUGCGGUUGUGGGUAUCUACUGCACAGAUGAAGCUAUCAUCUUGGCUCCGGUUGCCACUCGUAACCCAAUAUACGCGUCAAGGGCCGAACUGGUCGCUCUGCCGGUGGAAGUUUCCUCCAUGGCGGCGCUACAUAGUGUGCUUAUUGACACCAAAGCUGGACGACAAGGGUAUAUGCGCGCCGAGGAGGAGUGGGAUAAGGUCUUGCUUGACUUGCGACUUGCUCGCAUGGUGGGUCCGGUCGCUGACACCUGGAAGAAAACAGUCAAAGAGCACUUUGCGUCAUACAGAACGCUCGCAGCUUUCCGGCUGCUCGUCGAAGCUGAUCUGAUCUUGGACCGCGAGCGUUCACCUUCGGGCCUCCCAACGACGUUCAAAAUCCGACGCUUUCAAAGCUUGUAUAUCAAUGUCAAUCGGACGCCGUGGCGGAAUUUGAGAAUUACAGUACCCUGA